CUGAUUCUCCUUUUCCAUCCUGCGUCUGAUGUUUAUGAACUUCUGUGGAAGCUUAUUCUUCUUGCUGCCUCCUGGGGAGUUUCUAUUUUUCUCUUGUUCGUCUGGAGGACCGUCCUUGCUGUAAAGCCUCCAGUGUGUCAAGUUACUUUAAAGCAGAUGACUGAGCAGAGCAAGAAUUUGGAGAAUGAAAACAGAGAACUUGCAGAAAAUAUAUCUGCUUGGGUGCAGAAGACCAACAACUCAAAGAAAUGCUUAGAGGAGGCCAUCAGGCAAAAGAAGCUGCCCUCUGAGAAAGCACUGAAGUUUAAGGAGAGCUUGAAAGCCAUUGAGAAGGUGAAUGAAAAUUUGAAUGACAUCAUUCAGAUUGUUUGAGCUAAGCUGCAGGCAGUGAGGGACCAGAACGCCAAGAGCCCACACCUGCCAGGUGUUUCGAAGACCAGAUCUGAGGGUUCGAUGCAGCGAGCUGUGACAACUGGGGACUGCAGCCUGGAAGAGGGUAAAAAGAAAAUGCAAGACCACCAUGCUGCAUCGGGAUCUCUGAAAGAACUUGAGGAAGACGGUUUCCAAAGGCAGGUGAAGAAAGUACGCGUCCUUGAUGAAAUCAGUGGACAGAGAACUAUGGACACUGAAGGGAAGGUGGACAUGAACGGAUGUGAGCUGGUGGGAAAGCAGCAGCUGUUGGCAGCAAAGGAGGAGGCAAAAUUGGCUGAAGAGGAGACAAGAUGGUACAGAAUAAGACUUGAAGAAUGUCACGGGCAAAUGCGGGAAGCAGAGAUCACUUGGAGACACCAGGUCACUCUUGCCGAGAAGAAGGCCCAAGACAGCUCGCUCAGGGCUCAGGAGCUGGAGAGGGAAAUCUCUGAAUUAAGAAGGGAAAACUCUGACCUGAGAAGGGAAAACUCCUCUGAGCUGAGAAGGGAAGUUGCCCACCUGAAACAGAGAUUGGAUGCAAUCUGCAGACGGAGGCAGGCAGAGGAAUACAUGAGGCAGGAGCCCACCCCAGGAGGACCGUACAGGCUGCACCCUCCCCUGAGAGGAAAAUAACAUGGAUGACGUUGUAGAAUGAAGGCAGUAUGUCAUAACGAGAAAAACAUUUUUCUUCAUUUGCCUUGCUUCAGGGCCGUUUGGCACCCCUGUUAGGAAUGGCACCGCCUUACCGGCUCAGGAGGCAGAGGAAACCAAAGU